AUGGAGCACAGGACUACACAACAAAUAGCAGCGGAUGCUGUUGCUGGACAACCUUACCAGUUUCAAGAUUACGAACCACAACAAAAUUAUGUUGCGCCGGAGCUCUCGCGCAAAUCCACAGACGACAUCGAAGAAGCGGAAGAAAGCGAAAAAUCACGAUCAAGAAGUAGCAGCGAUGACACUGUCGGAUAUGCCCCGAUCAACAUUCCUGGAGAGGACCAAGAGGCCAUGAGAAACAACCUUGUUACGUUGACUAGAUCCCAAACCAACGCAAGCUAUGCUGGCAUCGAUCCCGAUUCGAAGGAUUUCAGUCUGGAUAAAUGGUUGAAGGCAUUUAUCAAAGACUUCGAUGCUGAAGAGCUCAAAGCUACCAGAGCAGGUAUCGUCUGGAAGAAUCUCUCGGUCUCUGGCUCUGGUGCAGCUCUUCAACUUCAGGACACAGUGGGUGGCAUUGCCUUGAAGCCUCUCGGGAUGCUCAAGUCUCUCUUCUCGCGCAACACCGAACGAAAGCACAUCUUGCGCAACUUCAACGGCAACCUCAAGUCUGGCGAAUUGCUCAUCGUCCUCGGCCGCCCUGGCUCAGGUUGCAGUACUUUCCUCAAAUCACUUUGUGGCGAGACCCACGGACUUCACAUUGACGAGGGUUCCGAGAUCCAUUACAACGGUGUCAGCCAGAAGCAGAUGAUGAAGGAGUUCAAAGGAGAAGUAGUAUACAAUCAGGAGGUUGACAAACACUUUCCACACUUGGUACGUGAAGCAAAUCACUUUCCGUAUGCCGAGAUCUGCCACGAUAUAGCUGCAGAAACGCACGAUGGUUUUCUGGAAAGAGGUGGAUCCAAGGAGAGCACGUCAUCAGCCUAUCUCCGUGGCCAGAGUUCAAUUCGGGAAACAAUCAUGCUUUUCUACAGACAAAUUGCGACAGCUUUGGCAUUCGGAGAUGCUCCUACUUAG